AUGGAGGCCAAGGUCCGCCAGAGCCGGCGCUCGCGCGCGCAGCGGGACCGCGGCCGGCGCCGAGAGGCGGCCCGCGACGUCCGCGACCAGAGCGCCUCGUCGGGCGACGAGCCUGAGCCCGGGCCCGGCAAGGAGAACGCCGGCCUGCCCCGCGCGCCCCCGCCCCGCGCCGCCGCCGCCGCGCGCCCCCCGCGCCGCCGCCGCCGCGAGUCCAGCUCGCAGGAGGAGGAGGUCAUCGACGGCUUCGCCAUCGCCAGCUUCAGCACGCUGGAGGCCUUGGAGAAGGACAUGGCCCUGAAGCCGCACGAGCGGAAGGAGAAGUGGGAACGCCGCCUUGUCAAGAAGCCCCGAGAGGCAGAGGCCUGCCCGUCUGCAGAGCCGAGUGAGAACGGCCGGCCCCUGGAGGCGGGCAGCCCCGAGCAGGACCUGGAGCCCACCUGCGACCAGGGAAAGAAGGUCCCGCUGCAGCCCGCCAAGCAGAUGAAGGCCGCCGUGUCCCGAGGGGGUGACCACAACAGUGAGGAUGGCAGCUUCCUUGAAGCCACCAGCUCCCGGCGGAGCCCUUCCCGGGACCAGCUCAGCGACAGCUCGGCGCAGGCGGUCUCGGGCAGAGGCUACUCCUGUGACAGCGAGAGCGACGAGGACGACGAGGCAUCCGUGGGCUCCGAGAAGCUCUUUGCCCCGGCAGCCGAUAAAGGCGCCGCGCCAGGCGAGCAGACCGAGGCCAAGGCCGGGGCGGCGGCCAAGGUCUCGGGCCUGGAGCGCAGUCGGGAGCUGAGCGCGGAGCCGCCCUUCCUGCCCUCGCUGCGCAGCCCCGCGCCCUCCACUGGCCCUGGGGCCCCGCCAGUCAAGAAGGAAGUGACCGCCCUGCCCCGCCUCACCCCCCAGCCUCUGCGCGCGCCCCCGCAGCCCCCUGCCCCGCCCCCGACGCACGAGCCUCUGGCCCUGGGCACCUUCCACGGCCACGGGCGCGUCCAGGCUGCGCACAACAGCCUGCACGGCCUCAGCAGGAGCAGCGGCGCCAGCCUCGGGCUCGCCAAGCGCGGGUCCCCGUCACCGCGCGGGCCGGGCAGCCCUCUCUCUACCUCACACUCGUCGCUGCGCUCCCAGGCCCAGCACCAGCACCACGCGGCGGCCAUGUUCGCCGCCCCCGCGGCACUGCCCCCGCCCCCGGCGUUGCCGGCCAACAGCCUGGUCAUCCCAGGACACCAUGCCGAUCACGAACUGCUCAGGCAAGAGCUGAACGCGCGUUUUCUGGUCCAGAGCGCCGGGCGGCCCGGGGCCCCGCUGGGCCCGGGGGCUCUGCUGCGGGCGGAGUUCCACCAGCACCAACACACACACCAGCACACACACCAGCACCAACACACAUUCGCCCCCUUCCCCGCGGGGCUGCCCCCGACGCCGGUCCUGCCGCCUGCCGCACCCCUGCCGUUUGACAAGUACACGCCCAAGCUGGACAGCCCCUACCUGCGACAUUCCAGUCUCUUCCCAGCCUUCCCUCCGGCCGUCCCGGCACUGCCCGCCCUGCUCCCACACCCGGGCCCCUUUGGGUCCCUGCAGGGCGCUUUUCAGCCCAAGACUCCAAACCCCAUCGAGGUAACCGGCCGGGCCAGCGCUGUUCACACGCUGCUCCAGAAGGGCCCCGGGGUGUCCGACCCUUACCGGGCAGCAGUCAGGAAGCCAGGGAGGUGGUGUGCGGUGCACGUGCGGAUCGCCUGGCAGACCUUCCACCACCAGCAGAGGGUGAAGCAGAUGCAGCUGGACCCCCACAAGCUGGAGGCAGGCGCCAAGCUGGACCUGUUGAGCAGGCCCCCUGCCCCCGGCCUGCUCGCAGGGCUCCCGUUCCCGCAGGACCUGGCCCCGCCCGUCCUCGCCAGCUCAGGUGCCGCCCAUCCCUCCACCAACCAGCUCGGCCCCUCCGCGCAUCCCGGCAGCUUCCUGCCCGCUGGUCACCUGGCAGACCCCUUCAGCAGACCAAGCACCUUCGGGGGCCUGGGGAGCCUGGGCAGCACCGCCUUCGGGGGCCUGGGCAGCCACACGCUGGCUGCAGGCAGCGGCAUCUUCGCCCCCAAGGAGGGCCCCACCCUGCGUGGCCUGCCCAGCCCCCACGAGGCCUGGAACCGGCUGCACCGGGCGCCGCCGUCCUUCCCCACGCCACCCGCCUGGCCCAAGCCCGCGGACGCCGAGCGGGUCUCAGCUCUGACCAACCACGACCGGGAGCCGGACAAGGGCCGGGAGGACCGGGAGCGGGACCUGGGGAAGCCACGACUAGCAACCCGGGCCUCACCGGCAGCCCCCGGGGGCACCCUCUUGCUCCGCGGCCAGGGCGAGCCGCGCAUCAAGGAGAGCCGCUCUCCGGCUAAGGAGGACGGUGCCCAGCUGGCGGCCUGCCCGCCGUCGCCCUGCAGCAAGGGGGCCCUUGGCACCGGCCUGCGCCUGGCCGGCCUCCUGAGCCGCGACCCCGGGAAGCCGCCGGAGGGCGACGUGAAGGUCAAGGAGGAGCGCGGGGAGGACGGCGACGCGCCCGAGCCCGCGGGGGACGGCCUGCACCGGGGGCCGCCCACACCCCUGCAGUUGGGCCCCGGCCCGGGCUGCGAGCGGCUGGGCUUCGCGUGGGAGCCGCUGCGCGAAGCCUACCGCGGCCUGGAGCUGCCCCGCCGCGCCCCGCCUGCUGCCGCCGCCGCCCUCGAGCCCUCCGAACGCCCCUACCGGGACCGCGAACCUCACGACUACAGCCCCGAGCGCCUGCGGGCGGUGCGCCGCGAGGAGCUGGAGCGCGCGCGGGCCGCGCACCUGGGCGCCUCCCCGCACCUGCCCGCCCCCGCCCUGGAAGGCACCGCACUGCUGCCCGCGCUGGGCGCCCUGCACUACCCGCGCCUCGGGCCCGCGGCCGCAGCGCUGCACAACGGAGUCCUGGCGCGGACCCCUCCCGCCAGCGCCGCGCUCGGCGCACCGCCCCCGCUGGUGACCGCGGGCGGACCCCCCACGCCCGCCGGGCCGUCGCCGAGGAGCAGGACUACGCCGCUCCCGGCACCCAGCGAGGCGCCCGACUACUCACCGUCUCGGAACCCGCCGGAGGUGGAGGCGCGGUAGCCCCGCGGGCCGCCGGGCGCGGACCCCCGCAGCUGCGCGCUGCCCCGGGAGCUGAGCACAGGCCUUGGGUUCCAGUGACGCCCCUUCUCCCGCCAUCGCGGGGGUGGGUUUCACACUCGGCCUUUCUGGGGGUGAUUUUCUGUUUCCUGAGCUCAAGGUCAGGCUAUUGGAAGAAAAUUCAAGUUUGUACACUUUUUCCCACAACUGAGAAGUUUAUAAUAGAUUUGUAUUUUUUUCAAUUUUGUGCUCUUUAGACAUUUUAAAAAGAAGUUUUGCUUUUUGACUUUUAGUUCCGAUGUGCAGUUUAACAGCCUCAGAUCCCUUUUCAGAACCCCAAGGGUCUUUUUUGUCUUAUUUAUGGAGGAAAAAACGGUCAUUUUGUCCAACACACUGUGAGGCCCCCCCCACUCAGGCCUGGCCCCGGCCCCCUGGUACUUGGAACUGAAGUUACAGAUAUAUAUUAAAAUAAUGUACAAAAGUGGUUUUUUGCCUUAUUAUGCAGAAGUGUAAGAUUUCUUUUUCCAGUUUUUUUUUGUAAAAAAAAUGGAACAAGUGUAAAUAGUCUAUUAAUAUAAAUAUAUGAUGUUAUUAAAUUCU